AUGGCGGCCGCGGCGCGGCUGUGGCGGCCCCUGUGGCAGGGGUCAGCUUUUCCUGUCCGUUAUGCAAGCAGAAUCGUGGGAAGACAGCGUUGCCUCCUAAACAGUGACUUGGUGGGCGUUCGGCUGGCUGCAACCCAAGCUGAUAUUCAGGAGCCUAAGACUAAUCCUUUGGUAUCUAUUUCAGAUGAGCCAGAAACGCUGUACAAGAGAUUAUCCCUUUUAGUGAAGGGUCACGAUCGGGCGGUGCUGGACAGCUACGAGUUCUUUGCAGUGCUUGCAGCCAAGGAACUCGGCAUCUCUGUUGAAAAAGUGCACAGACCUCCUAAAACGAUAGAACGAUUCACACUUCUAAAAUCCGUACACAUUUUCAAGAAGCACAGAGUUCAAUAUGAAAUGAGAACCCAUUACCUCUGUUUAGAGUUGAAACACGUAACAGGCAGCACUGCUGCCGUGUACUUGGAGUACGUUCAACGAAACCUACCCGAAGGGGUUGCCAUGGAGGUAAAAAAGACCAGGAUUGAGGCAAUUCCUGAGCACAUAAAGAAGCCAGUUUGGGAUACGCUGCCUCAAGUAGAAGAAACUGACGUCAAGUCAUGAACUCAGCAGGUACUUGACUCCAUUAGUGCUGAAAUUACUUGCUUCUAUCAGUCUAAUUUACUGAGAUAUGCUACUAUUAAAUAAACUUAAAUUUUAUAGAGUAAUCUCAUAAAUUCAUGCUUUACCCACUUCUGGAUCAUAGCUGCAGCACAUAUAGACCGAACAGUUAGGAAGUCACGUCCAACAGCACUGUGUAUCAAGAACUUUGUGAUACGCUUAUAAAAUGUUUAAAACUUUCUCACAGACACACACUUGAAUUCCAAAAUAUCCUGCAAAAUUCAACUCAUAUGGAUGAAAUAUGUUUAGUGUUAUGGAUGCCAGUCUGUUAGACACUGUGUGCUGUAGCUCCCCUGAGAUAACUGAACCCCAGGGAUGCACAGAGCUCACACAUUAACUUGCAGCAAGUCAGCAAACAGAAUCUGUGAGAGCACUGAGGUUAAACUUGGGCUUGUGUAGCCUCCUGCAGUUCCAGCAGCCUCCUUUCCAGUCUUAGUAACUGCUUACCAGCAGAAUAAUGCAGGAACUGCAGUAUAAAGCUGAGACUUUAACACGGUUAAAUCCCUAUUUUAAUGAUCUGCCUGCAGAACAGUGGCAGAGCAAAUGGUUGUAUAAAGUGUCAUUGUGGAGAGGACAACGGAACAAGAAAUGUCUUAUACUACAGGGAAAGGCAGAACCUUCUUCUAAAAUUGCCAGGAUUGAUUAUUCUAUACACCCCUUCUAGCUAGACAUUAAUUAAGCUCAGAGAGGAAGAAUGUGUACAGUAGCGAGAGAGGGCUCAGUUAAUCUGGAGCUUAGUUCACAGUGAAUCCAAGGCAGUGCUGCUGAGAGCAGAGCCAGCACGGGGUUCACCUUCAGAACGGAUGAGUCGUUUCCACCAGUGCCAGCUUAGCAGGAAGGACACGAGUGCAGGAAUCUGCCCCAGACCCUUAAUACUGGCCGGUUAGAAGGAAAUGGCCUUGACAGGGGUUAAAGGAACUUAAAGAAGGAA